UUUUUUUUUUUUUUUUUUUGAGACGGAGUUUUGCUCUUUUUGCCCAGGCUGGAGUGCAAUAGCACGAUCUCGGCUCACCACAACCUCUGCCUUCCAGGUUCAAGUGAUUCUCCUGCCUCAGCCUCCCAUGUAGCUGGGAUUACAGGCAUGCGCCACCACACCCGACUAAUUUUGUAUUUUUUUUUAGUAGAGACAGGGUUUCAAGACUAUACUUUCAGGGAUCAUUUCUAUAGUUUGUUAGUAGAGACAGGGUUUCUCCAUGUUGGUCAGGCUGGUUUCAAACUCCCAACCUCAGGUGAUCUACCUGCCUCAGCUUCCCAAAGUGUGCUGGGAUUACAGGCGUGAGCCACUGUGCUCGGCCUUUUUUUUCUUUUUUUUUUUUUUUGAUACAGAGUCUCACUCUGUCGCCCAAGCUGGAGUGCAGUGGCGCGAUCACGGCUCAAUGCGAGCUCCGCCUCCAGGGUUCAUGCCAUUCUCCUGCCUCAGCCUCCGGAGUAGCUGGGACUACAGGCGCCCGCCACCAUGCCUGGCUAAUUUUUUUGUAUUUUUAGUAGAGACGGGGUUUCAUCGUGUUUGCCAGAAUGGUCUCGAUCUCCUGACCUCGUGAUUCGCCUGCCUCAGCCUCCCAAAGUGUUAGGAUUACAGGCGUGAGCCACUGCGCCCCGCCUAGUCUGGUCUUGAACUCCUGACCUCAAGUGACCCAUCCACCUCGACCUCCUAAAGUGAUAGGAUUAUGGGUGUGAGCCACCACGCCAGCCAACUUAAAAAAAAAAUUUUUUUAGACAGGGUCUUGCUCUGUCAUUCAGGCAAGAGUGCAGUAGUGUGAUCACUUCUUACUGCCGCCUCAAGCUUCCAGCCUCAACUCAAGCAAUCCUCCCACCUCAGCCACCCAAGUGGCUGGGACUACAGAUUAAGAAUGACCCAAAAUAAAUUAAAGCUUUGUUCCAAAGCCAAUGUGUAUACUGAAGUGCCUGAUGGAGGAUGGGGCUGGGCGGUAGCUGUUUCAUUUUUCUUCGUUGAAGUCUUCACCUACGGCAUCAUCAAGACAUUUGGUGUCUUCUUUAAUGACUUAAUGGACAGUUUUAAUGAAUCCAAUAGCAGGAUCUCAUGGAUAAUCUCAAUCUGUGUGUUUGUCUUAACAUUUUCAGCUCCCCUCGCCACAGUCCUGAGCAAUCGUUUCGGACACCGUCUGGUGGUGAUGUUGGGGGGGCUUCUUGUCAGCACCGGGAUGGUGGCCGCCUCCUUCUCACAAGAGGUUUCUCAUAUGUACGUCGCCAUCGGCAUCAUCUCUGGUCUGGGAUACUGCUUUAGUUUUCUCCCAACUGUAACCAUCCUAUCACAAUAUUUUGGCAAAAGACGUUCCAUAGUCACUGCAGUUGCUUCCACAGGAGAAUGUUUCGCUGUGUUUGCUUUCGCACCAGCAAUCAUGGCUCUGAAGGAGCGCAUUGGCUGGAGAUAUAGCCUCCUCUUCGUGGGCCUACUACAGUUAAACAUUGUCAUCUUCGGAGCACUGCUCAGACCCAUCAUCAUCAGAGGACCAGCAUCACCGAAAAUAGUCAUCCAGGAAAAUCGGAAAGAAGCACAGUAUAUGCUUGAAAAUGAGAAAACACGAACCUCAAUAGACUCCAUUGACUCAGGAGUAGAACUAACUACCUCACCUAAAAAUGUGCCUACUCACACUAACCCGGAACUGGAGCCGAAGGCCGACCUGCAGCAGGUCCUGGUGAAGAGCAGCCCCAGGCCAAGCGAAAAGAAAGCCCCGCUAUUAGACUUCUCCAUUUUGAAAGAGAAAAGUUUUAUUUGUUAUGCAUUAUUUGGUCUCUUUGCAACACUGGGAUUCUUUGCACCUUCCUUGUACAUCAUUCCUCUGGGCAUUAGUCUGGGCAUUGACCAGGACCGCGCUGCUUUUUUAUUAUCCACGAUGGCCAUUGCAGAAGUUUUCGGAAGGAUCGGAGCUGGUUUUGUCCUCAACAGGGAGCCCAUUCGUAAGAUUUACAUUGAGCUCAUCUGCGUCAUCUUAUUGACUGUGUCUCUGUUUGCCUUUACUUUUGCUACUGAAUUCUGGGGUCUAAUGUCAUGCAGCAUAUUUUUUGGGUUUAUGGUUGGAACAAUAGGAGGGACCCACAUUCCACUGCUUGCUGAGGAUGAUGUCGUGGGCAUUGAGAAGAUGUCUUCUGCAGCUGGGGUCUACAUCUUCAUUCAGAGCAUAGCAGGACUGGCUGGACCGCCCCUUGCGGGUUUGUUGGUGGACCAAAGUAAGAUCUACAGCAGGGCCUUCUACUCCUGCGCAGCUGGCAUGGCCCUGGCUGCUGUGUGCCUCGCCCUGGUGAGACCGUGUAAGAUGGGACUGUGCCAGCGUCAUCAUUCAGGUGAAACAAAGGUAGUGAGCCAUCGUGGGAAGACUUUACAGGACAUACCUGAAGACUUUCUGGAAAUGGAUCUUGCAAAAAAUGAGCACAGAGUUCACGUGCAAAUGGAGCCGGUAUGACACACUUUCUUACAACAACAGCCACUGUGUUGGCUGGAGACGGAUGGGGUGGGCCCAACAGGGACACAAGGAGGUAGAAGAGCCAACCCCUCUACUCCACUUUCAAAACUACAUUUUAAAGGGAAUGUGUAUGUGAAAAGCACUACCAACAUCGCUUUUGUUUUGUUUUGUUUUGUUUUGUUUUAAGCUUUUUUUUUUUGCUUGUUUUUAAAGCCAAAACAAAAAACAACCAAGCACUCUUCCAUAUAUAAAUCUGGCUGUAUUCAGUAGCAAUACAAAAGAUAUGUAGAAAGACUCUUUGGUUCACAUUCCGAUAUUAAAAUAGUGACAUGAA